UUGUUUUCCUCUGAUCUACUUUUAGAUCUAUCUUCAGAUCCACUGCUGGAAUUAAGAUUAUAAACUCGUUUCGGGGAUUUUCCAGCAUAGCUGGAGAAAACAGACUGAAGGGUUUCUUUGAAAGAGUCCCUCAUCAUAAAAGCAGCAUAUUUUGUCUUUUGAGGUUUACCUCUCUCAGCCAAAAUUCCCCCCAAACGCAGACAGCAGGACCGUCCUGCGCUUUCGCGGCUCUCUGGCAGGAAGGGACUGGUGGCAGCGGGGGUCCUGGGCAUCAUGAUGGUUCUGGUUUUGGUUGUCCUUAUUCCAGUUCUGGUGAGCUCAGCUGGAACAUUAACGCACUACGAGAUGCUCGGCGCUUGUAGGAUGGUGUGUGACCCAUACAGCACAACUACUCCAAGCAGCACCGGCGCUCCAGACGCGGUCCGGGACAACAGCCUCCUGCAGUCAUUGCCCACUUUUAUCCAGGGACCCAGAGGAGAACCGGGCCGUCCGGGUAAGGUGGGACCAAGGGGAGCUGCAGGUGAACCGGGACACCCCGGUCCAGCUGGGCCACCAGGAAAUAGAGGUGAACCGGGAAAACCUGGUUUACCAGGACCCCCGGGACCCAGCGCAGUUGCUGGCGCAAUCAGCGCCGCCACCUACAGCACUGUGCCAAAGAUCGCCUUUUACGCAGGACUGAAAAAGCAGCACGAAGGAUACGAAGUGCUCAAAUUUGACGACGUAGUGACCAAUUUGGGAAAUCACUACGACCCAACUUCUGGAAAGUUCACGUGUUCCAUCCCUGGGAUUUAUUUCUUCACUUAUCACGUUCUGAUGCGUGGAGGAGAUGGAACCAGCAUGUGGGCGGAUCUUUGCAAAAACAAUCAGGUACGUGCCAGUGCCAUAGCCCAGGAUGCUGACCAAAAUUAUGACUAUGCCAGUAAUAGCGCCGUGUUGCAUCUGGAGCCAGGAGACGAGAUCUACAUCAAACUAGAUGGAGGCAAAGCUCAUGGAGGCAACAACAACAAGUACAGCACCUUCUCUGGAUUUAUCAUUUAUGUUGAUUAGAUGCUGGCUUUACACACAACAGUUGUCAUAACGUUACUUUGCUGGUGAAACAGAAAAUAUAAUUAUCUCUCUGUAAACUAAAUCUUCUGAAUUUGUGAAGAUAAAUUGUUAAAACUCUUCAUUUUAGUUGCUUUUGUGUUUUAAAAGAUAGUUGUGUUGAUGUAGAAAAAAUCUGAAACAUGCAGGGCAGAGGACACUGAAGUCCAGUACUGGAAAACACUGAGAUAACAUUACUGUCAGUCAUAUGAUUUGACAUGCUUUUUAGCAAAUAUGUAAAAGAAAUCAGUUGUAAACAGUAAUUCAAAUUUAAAUCAAUUAUUAAGAUACAAAGUGAAAUAUAUCACUGUCGUCUAAACAAGGUGUGUUACCAAAAAUGAACAAUGUACAUAUUGUUUCAUCUGCUAGAAUGUUUGUACAAAGUACAAGUUGAAAGAAAUGCUGGUAGCACUUCACAUUAAUUUGACAUGACAUAUCAAUUAAUGAGGAACUAAUCAUCAACUGUCUGGUGUUUCUCAAAUCAAAUCUAUUUUGUUGUCUUUUUCUUUAUGCAAACUAAAAGAAAUGUCUCUGUGAUCUCUAAGUAUAAACAUAUAAGUAUGGGGAAAACAUACAAAUAACAAUUAAAACAGUUAAGAUGUUUAAGUGCAACAAGUGAGAUAGAUAAUCUUAGUAUUAAGUUAAGCUAUUUAGAAAGAUGUCUGGCGGUCUGAUGAGGGCUUUAAGGAAUCUGAUGAAACUCACAACGUUGUUCCUGCAGCCAUUCUCAAACAGAGAGGAGGGACACGCCUUAGCUCCCCUCACUGUCCUCUGCAGGACUAAUGUCUGUGGUGCUGCAGCUGCUGUAUGACAUUGAUGUGCAGUUUCUGUCAGGCUCUGCUGGCUGCAUUUAAUCCCAGCAUUGUUUAAAAAAUAAAUCAGAACAGGUAAUCAAAGGUCUUCACUCUGCUGAACUUUCUGCUAACACUCAAUGACUUGAUGCAGCUUACUGGGUUUCCUCAGACAGACAGACAGACAGACAGACAGACAGACAGACAGACAGACAGACAGACAGACAGAC